GACCGUUUAGUACGUUCAAUCGGCUCGCCCGGCCGAGUCCUGCGCCGCCGCCGCCGCGUCCAAGUCCAACUUCCAUCGCCGAUGCCGCCGCCACCCGCACGCCGAGAAAACGCGAUACGCCACCACCACCACCACCGACGCUCGUCCUCCGUUCACCCCGUCAACUACCCCCUCACCAACACGCGACGACGACUCACCACCCUCUGCCUGGGUCCGUACCUCGUGUCCUCGCCACAGCCGGGUCCGCCGCCACACGGCCGCCGGGAGCACCGACGCCACCACCGCUGCGCCACCACACGGCAAUGAUCGCGCCGCCCGGAACUAUGCGCCAGAUGCGCAAAUCGUAAUGCGAAGAUGGUGUGUUCCGAAUGUCCAAUGGUCCCAGUUGGUGUUGUGCGCCACCGUGCUGUUCCUGCUGGGCGGCCUGCACAUUUACAGAGGCCCCAACGGCGGACCGCUGCAGGCUUUGGACGAAGUGGCCGACGACGAGGACACUUCCGGUUCCGCCCGGACCACUCAAGACGACCGGGCGUACCGGAGGCUCAGGUUUCCGAAGACCAGCAGACGAUUGCCUCAGGCGAUCAUCAUCGGUGUGCGGAAAGGCGGCACGCGGGCGCUGUUGGAGAUGUUGUUCCUGCACAAGUCUGUGCAAAAGGCCAACGGCGAGGUGCACUUCUUCGACCGGGACGACAACUACGAACGCGGCCUGGACUGGUACAGAAGGCGAAUGCCGUACUCGUUCCCCAACCAGAUCACCAUUGAAAAGAGUCCCAGCUAUUUCGUGACACCAGAGGUACCAGAACGCAUCAAAGCGAUGAACUCGAGCAUUAAGCUGCUUCUCAUCCUCAGGGAUCCCGUGAUCAGGGCCAUAUCGGAUUAUACGCAGUUACACAGCAACCCAUUGGCGAACCGCAGCAGUAGGUCGUUCGAGCAGCUGGUGGUGAAGCCGGACGGCACGGUAAACACCAACUACCGGCCGGUGUCCGUGUCCACUUACCAUAACCACGUUUACCGGUGGCUGGACGUGUUCCCCAGGGAGCAGUUGUUCGUGGUCAACGGCGACCGACUUAUCACCAACCCCGUGUCCGAGCUGAACCGCAUCGAGACGUUCCUGGGCCUCGAGCACAGGAUCGGCGCCGACAACUUUUACUUCAACCGGACCAAGGGGUUCUACUGUCUGCGGUACGGGCCUGUGGACAAGUGCCUGAAGGAGACCAAAGGCCGGAAGCACCCGGACGUCCGGCCGUCGGUCGUGGCCAAGCUCCGGGAACACUUCAGCCAGCACAACCAGAAGCUGUACGACGUAUUGGGCCAAGACUUCGGGUGGCCGGAGAAGUAGCGCACGGGUUUGAUGUGGAGUGGGUGAGGGGGGCGAGUGCAAAUGUCACGGUGACAUCGUUUUUUUAAAAAUGUUUUUCGUUCUUUUGGAGUUUUGUAUACAGGGAUACUACAUAUAUUAUAUAUAUAUAUAACAUUAUAAAUAUUACUAUAACGUCACAAUAUAAUAAUUACCUAACCUACGUACUGACCGCGAUUAUAUCGCGGGCCGAGCGCUUCGCUUUCUGUACAAGACUUAAAGUGUGCCGCUCGAUUUGUUCUUCUUAUCACAUGAAACGAAACGUUUGAACACUGCCAUGCUCAUACUACAUGCAUAUAUAUAUAUAUUAUAUUGUAUACUGAUGGUGAGGAAUGGUGAACGAGGAUGGGUAGGGGGCACGCGAGUUUAAAUCGUUUUCCUUCAAAACUGCACCACACAAUGUUAUAUUUUACGAGACGAAUCUUAUAAUAACUCGACAAAGAAAAUUUGGAUAUCAAAAUGGUAAUAUUAUUAUUAUUGUCGAAGCGUUUAAGGAGAGAGACGAAUUAUUUUACGAUACGAAACAAUUGGUUUCGGAAUCACCCGUACUAAACCACGUGGCAUAAUCUUCAGUAGGUACACGUCCACGCAGAAUUUUAAAUUAAUUUUAAUAAAAUUAAAAAUUGAUUUCAAUCAAGUUGGUUUAGUCUAUCGGAUUUUAAAACCAAUUUCGUUUACCAUUCAAACAUAUUACUAUUAAAGUAUGGCGAUAUUUUUGUUUUCAUUCUAAACGUAAUAUGUGGUUUUUAUUUUUUUACACGCGAAUGCUAUUCAUUACACCGUAACGUGAAUACAUUUACGGCCAUGUAUGUUAUACAUUGAAUUUUUCUUCCCCAUCGGGCGAUUUCGUGUAAUUCAAUAACUUUAAAUUAAAAAUUUGAAUCUGAAUUCAAACAAUAAUACUACAUAUUAUGUGGCGCUCGAUCGCCAGUUUUCGACAUUGCGGUCCAACAGAUUUUCUCGUCGUCUCUCGUCUGAGUCUGCUGUGAGACGUCGUUUCUUUACUACCCACUCAAAACAUGGAUGUGAUCUCACUGAAGUCAAGAAUGAACGUAACAAAUUAGUGUUUUAUUAUUAUUUUCAUACACUCCCAGUGGUGUCUCUCUCUCUCUCUCUCUCUGCAUCAUUGCACAAAAUCGACCGACAUAUCAAAUUAUAUUGUGUAUACUAAAUCGAAACAUUAGUAUUCUCUCGUACACCUACGCGUAACAUUAGUCUGUUAUCUUUUGUUAUCUUUCUUUUUAAAAAUAAUUGUUCGUUGAUAAUAAUAUGUUAUACUUCUAAUGAAAUGUUUUAAAACUAUCAUUAUUUUUAUUAUUAUUAUUAUUUUAUUUUUCACGACCGAUUUACGAUUGACAUCGACUAUUCCCGCCUAUUAUACUACUCUACUAUUCCCACGAACGCAAUGAUUUCAGUGGUAGGCGAAACAACGUACAUUUUAUAUUACAUUAUGUUGCUUUGUCCGCUGUACGGCCGCCGACGUUAAAAUGUUAUAAUUAUUUUCAUGAAAGCACAACUGCUGGAAACGAUCUGCGGAAAGAUUAAUACGUUUCACACGUGCAAUAUUUAUACUAUCGUUGUUGAAUAAUAUAAUAUUAUAUAGUAUCGUUUAUAGACUGCCAAAGUUGUUUCGUUUUUUCGUUGCCCAACCAAUUGCCAUCCCCAGUUACGAUAUUAAUACUAUGACCAUAGGAGUUUAACUAUAUUUAAAACGCCUUUUCCGAGUUGAUUGCAGUCGCGGGGUGAAAAGAAAAUAAUAACAAUAAAAAAAAAAUAAUUACUUUACGUACCUUAAUGCGUUUUAAUAAUAGUACAAAUGUAUGAAAGAAAAAAAAAUAUAUAUAUAUAUAUGCAUGCUCCACACAUUCUCCUCUGGCCUUUACCAAUAGUGAUCUACACGAUGGCAGCUGAGGGGAAAGAGGCAUAAUAAUAUUAUCAUAGUGCAUAUUAUUAUUACUUACCUACUACUUUUACAUAUUUCAAAUUUUCAAUGAGCAAUAAUGACUUUCUUUUCGGAUGGUUGAUUAAUUAUUUACUUACGUAAUAUUGUUAUAUAUAUAUAGGAAAAAUACUAUGUUAUGUUAUAGUAUAUAUUUAUAUAUGUAUUUUGUUCGUUAUGAUUAUUAUUGUUCUUUUUUUUUUUUUAAACAACGAUCAUAUCAACUAUAGACUUUUUUCGUGUAUUUUGUAAGUCGUUUAUAAUACUAUAUUUUAAGUAACUUAAAACAUAUCAAUGUUUGAAACGUAGCAUGAUUAUAUUAUAAUACUAUCAUUAAGGGAAAAUUAUAAAUUGUAUUUGUAUUAUCGUCGUAAGGAACCUAACGGGGACAGAAGUCGAAAGGAUUUGUGUGUGUCGCUUUUUCGUCGUCGUUUCCCCGUUAUAUCAACAAGCCGAUCGUGUUUAUCGUUAUGUGUCGUAAACUACUGUAAUUGUAUUUAAAAAAAAAAUUGUAAAUGAUUUUUUUUUAUCGUUUUACUACCAACGCGAUUACGUCUUAAGCUUCAUCGCUGUCACACAAAAAUCCUAGCGACACGUGACCUUAUCUAUAUGUCUCGUUAUCCGUGCAUUGUACCACGUAUACAUAUCAUAUCAUAUUAAUAUUAAUAUAUAUUGUACCAUAUACAUAUCAUAUAAUGUACCAAUACCGUGAAAACGAUUUGGACUGAAAAACAAUGUUUACUAAACAAAUACAUAUCAUUUUGAUUAGGUAGCGUUUACUAUUAUAUAACUUUAUUGUACUUGUAUUUGAUGUAUUUUUUAUUUAUACCGUUAUCGUAAAAUAGUUUAUUGUUAAGUCGAUUAUAUUAUAGAUAAAUUUCUUAGAACAAUGUACAAUUAUUGUGGUACCACAGGUGGGCCGGGGAGCGUAAUAUAAUAUUAUAAUAUAUCCAUAUCAAUAUAAUUAUCAUUAAAUGACUACUGGACAGCUGGCUAUAUAAUACUACUGUUAUCAUCCCGACAAAUAACUCGGUCACAUUUUACAAUAUUAUCAAUGAAAUAUAUUAUAUAAAAAACAAUAUUGGUGACAUUUCUUGAAAUAUACAUCAAACUAUAUAUAGGGCGUUGCAGAUAGACUGCAGUGUGACUUUAAUACAGUACUGAUGACUCAUCAUAUUCUGUCCAUUUCCACUUCUCGUUCUUAUAUUAUGAUAUACUUUGAACAAUAAAUAAUUGUCCAUGGGAUUUUUGUAACGGCAAAUCGUAUGUAAAAACUAAAAACAGUAAUAAAAUAUAAUAUAAUAGAUAUCCCGAACCCCGUAACCAAGCUGUAGGAGUUUUUUCAUAAUUUAACUUUUGAAUCGAUUCCAGACAAAUACUUUAAAUAUUAUAUUAUAAAUCAAAGAUUUAAUAAUAUUCAAAAAUACCCGCAAUUACAAACGUCAAUCUAUUUCCAAAUUACUAGGUACCUACCGCUAACUAAAGCAAAUAAUCCAAAAACAAACUAUUCA